GGUUGUGGGGUUCGACCUAAAAUAAUGCUUGCUAAAGAUCUUGCAUGAAUAUACACAACACUUACUCAUUCGUCAUUUUGUGAUAUUUAAAAGCAUAAACAUUUAUCAUUUUUAAAUUAGUGAUAGACAUAUUCUUUUCAACUUCGCUGUAUAUAUAAACAAAACUCUUUGGAUGAUUUGUUGAAGAUCUUUCAAGAUGGAACUUGUUCAGAAGACCGACGACCAGGGAAAUACCAUCACAUUCAAACGAUGUCUAGGUCGGACCUUCGAUAGAGACACUCGUGGUAAUGUUGCAGAUCAGCUAAACAAGAUAGCGUCAUUUCGGUGUAAAGCAGAUGAUGUCCUCCUUUGUACCUUCCCAAGAUCAGGUACACAUUGGGUGUUCAACAUGGCCAGGAUGAUACAAACAAAGAAUCUUCAAUACUCAGGAACACCGGAAAUGAUGGAAUUUCAAGAUAUUGGAGUAAUCGAUGAGAUGGAAUCUCCACGGAUGUUCCACACACAUCUGUCCUACCCAUUUAUCCCUAAGGGGGCUAAGGAAGGACAACUGAAAAUAAUUUACGUGCUACGGAACCCAAAGGACGCCGCCUGCUCAUACUACACCUUCCUGUCUAAAGUGGAAAAUACCUGCUACAGUGGAAACAUGGAGGGAUAUCUGAAUGCAUUUUUAUCGGAAGAAUUCAUAGGGUCUGGUGGAUCAUGGUUUACCCACACUAAAGAAUGGAACACUGCUAUGUCAACGAAUCCGGAUUUAAAGAUACUAUUUCUCAGAUUUGAAGAUCUCAAAAAGAAUCUGUAUCGUAAUAUCCUACGUAUAGCAGCCUUUCUAGAAGUCGAUGAAGACGAAUGCUUCUUGAGAAAAGUCGAGCAGACUGUAACAUUUGACAACCUGAAGAAGGAACAUGCAACUAGUACCGGUGAAAGUGAGUUGUGGAAACAUCUUGGAGACAAUGGACGAAUGCCCAUAUAUAAAAAAGGGAUUGUAGGUGAAUGGAAGACCAUGCUCACGGUAGCACAGAACGAACAGUUUGAUAAAGUGUAUAAGGAGAAGAUGAGUGACUUGACUGGGGAUGUUGACUUGGUCUACGAAUAAAUUUUCUAAAAGGCAACCUUGAGAAAAAUCCAUUUUAGCUAACUUUUCCACAUAGAGCCACCGAGAAGCGCAAGUUCAGGGAAACUAAAUCUCUAAUACUCUAAAUUGAUAUCAUAUUAACAUUCAUUAUAUCAAAACAAAUAUUGACUUCUUAUUAUAAAUAUAUUAAUAAAUCAUAUAGGCCUAGUCGAUAGUCGGGUCAAAUCAUGUAUUGUCCUUUACUUGUGUUUUAUAGGUCCAGUUUCUAUCCAGAGUUGUCGUUCCUUACUCUCAAUUAGGAACGGUAAUUCUGGGUUGAAAUUGAUGUAUGCUAUUUACUUUUCAGCAAUUUGUAAUAAUAGAAGCAUAGCAGGAUAAAUGAAUAGAGCGACUAGAUAACAAGACAAAGUAAUCACCCAUUAUGACCUGUUCUAAUUGCUAUAAAUUAUACAUUAUUAUAAACCAACGUUACUUCUAUGGAAUGGUAUUCAAUUGGCGUAGCUCAGUUCAUUCUUACGAUAUCAUUACUGAUUAACGGUCAGGAAACACACGUACGUCAUCAUGUUUGAAAGGUCUAUAAUACUGAGGAUUUUAAUGAAUAUCUCAAUAAAUGAACAGACAAUCAUUAAAAGGAAACAUGCAAAAGUAAUAAAUAUGUACAUUGAAGUAAACUAAAGUAAACCCUAUGAUCCCACAAUAAUGGAAUUUCACUGAAUGUAUCAUUCAUCCAUUGAAAAAGUGGUUUCACAUAAGUUAUGCUUGCUUUUCUCAAACGGAGAUUGCCAUAAAAGUCAACACAUUGGAAUAUCUUAAACCCAUUAUGAUAUCCGAAAUGUAGAGCAGGCUGACUUCGCACACCAUUGCGGUAGAGUUAGAUGACAGUUGAUUUACCAUAACGAAUAUAUUUUGGACGACUUUACGAACUCAAGGAGGGUAUAGACAUUAAUGUGUAUGUUUGUUAUAUGUUCAUACGUAACACAUUUUUAGUCAAGGAAACACAAACAUUUAUUUAAUUUAAAUUCAAAUACACAUCUGCGAUAUCAACACCUUUUCACCAAAAAGAAAGAAGAAAUGUAAUUUUAAGGAUCUGCACUGGUGAAAAGUCAAAAUUUUCUGUUGACUUACGUCUAAAUGUUAUACCUUAUUUUAAAGGGGAGAAUACAGAGAUAUAUAAAAUGAGAGAAAAUCAUUUGUCGGUGGGCUUGUUUUUGAGCUAAUUUUUUAUUAGAGUUUGAAAUUAUAUGGGAUUUUACUUGAAUUUGCUGUGUUGACCAUACUCACAACAAAUCAAAGCAAUAUAUUAAAAGUAUAUUAUCAGA